CGUGUAAAAAAAUAGAAAAAACCUUUUACUAUACGUUUAGAAUAAUAUUUUAUUCUUAGUGCAAGCCUUUCUUCGCUGCUAAACGUGUAAAGUUUUACAUAAAUGUAACAUUUGUAAAUUAUUGUACAUAUGACUUGAUUUCUUUACGGUUUGUUGUGUGGCUACUGGUUGCUGACUGUGUGGUAUAAAUUGAUCUACAAAUGAAUCAUUUACAAAUCUAGCCUAUUAGGAUAUCAUUAAAUUUGAUAGAAUAUUAGAGUUCUAGUAAAAUAGCCCAAAUAUAUAAACAUACAUCAAGGCAUCUUUCACACUAUCAACACUAUCAACAAUUACUUUGCCUUACGUAAACAUGGAGCAAGAAAGAGAUUUUGAAAUGAGUGAUGGUGAGAUGAUGGACACAGAUGACGAAACUGAAAAAGUUGUGGAACAGGGUCCAGAUCCUAAAAGUACAAUUUUUUAUAAGGCGGAUAAAAAUGGAUUAAUGCUAAAAGAGUUGGAUAAAAUUGAUGCCGUCAAACUAGAAGAAAGAGCAAAACGAUUUGGUAUAAACCUAAGUGGAAGUAGAUUAGUGACACAAAAACAAAUUGAUGAACUUUAUAAGAAUUUCGGCAUAGAAAGUGGAAAUGAGAGACAUUUUAGAUUUGAUGCUCUUCACCUGAACGGUGUGCAUGGCCUCACAACAAAAGACAUAUUUGAAUACUUACAAGAUUAUAAACCAGUGUCAUUAGAGUGGGUAGAUGAAAAUUCUUGUAAUGUUAUAUGUCAAGACCAUAUAUCUGUAGCAAUGGCUUUAUUAGUACAUUCUAGAGAAAUUAUCUCAGAGGAAAUAAAGGACAUGAUUUCAAAAAGAUCUUCAUAUCAUUGGAGGGAGGGGAUGCCACAUCCCCAAGUAGAUAUGAUUUUUAUGCGCUUUGCAACAAAUAGUGACAAAAAGAAUCCAAAGAAAGUUCCAGAACAAAAGUUGAAAUCUAGGGUUUUUGAGAGAAUGGAUGUUAAUUAUGGACAAACUAAAAAUCCUUGGGGUGAUCUAUGUCAAUCUUGGGGAGUUUAUGAUCAUCAAGAAAUAUUUCAAAGAAGACUAGUUAAUAAUAAGGAAGAAAGCUUUGAAACUAAUUCUGACGAAGAGAGGCCAUAUAAGCCAAUUAAAAUAAAAAAUGAGAAGCUUGCUAAGAGGCUUGGGAAACGUAAUCAUAUUCCUAGUGAUGAGAUUGACAGUGAUUCAGAUUCAGAAUGGAAGUCAAAAUCAAAAACUCCUAGAAUGCGAAUGCAUGCUGAUGAUGAAGAGUCAAAAAUUAAAAAAAUAUCACAAGUGGAAAAGAAUGAUGAAGAUGAAGAUGAUGAUGAUGAGAGAGACUUUGCACCAUUGUCUAUUGAGGUUUUAAAUAAGAAGAGUAUAUUCAGGCCAAGAGAAAGUAAAGUUUUGUCAGAAAAAUUUAAGAGAACACCCCAAAAGAUUACUGCUAGUAUUCAAUCACGAUUAGGGGUUAAGGUUGCCACUGAUGCUGACUUAUCAAGUGAGGAUUCCCUAUCAGAUUCUGAUCACAAUGUUAUGAGUCGAGUACAAAAAGUAAAAAAAGGUCACAGCAAUAGUGUGUGGUCUAGAUUAGAAGUUAAGGCGAGCAAUUCUACUGAGCAUGAUUUACGUCAAAUGUUAAAAACGAAAAAAAAUAAAUCAAAUGAAUCAACAAGUCUGAAAUCAAAUGACCUCAGAAAGAGAUUGGGGAAACCAAAAACAAAUUUACGUAUAGAAAUCGACAAUAGCUAAAUAAUGAAAAUAAUUAUAU